UGUAAUCGUAUUGGAAAGAAAGGUUGAAUAGUCUUAUGGAAUUGGAAGAAAUCGAUACCAUCCCAGAUGAUAUAUGUGAAGAGUUCGAUAUCAAUCGGUCGUCUGAUCAAAAUUCUAUCAGGAUAUCCGGAUAUGUGAGUAAACCUCCAAAUCUCUUAUCAUCUGAUCUAUCAUCACCAGUGAUGAAUUCCUCCUUGACACUGUCAUCAUCGUUAUCGUCAUCAAGCGGAAAACGUCGUACUUCAUCUGUCUGUGGUCAUUCUUCAUCGGAAAGGCAAUUUAUUUAUGUCAAUGGUCGACCAUGUGAUCUCCCAAAGUUAACACGUUUAGCUACAGAUCUAUGGCGUCGUUGUUCUCGAGAAGCUUAUUCAUCAAUCACCUCUGGGAUAAGUUUACCUAAUCGGAGUACAUAUGCUUCAUUUCCAGUACUUGUAUUAAUGUUAACUAUGCCUACAAAAACUGUUGAUAUAAAUUUAACUCCAGACAAAAGGACUCUAUUAUUACAUCAUGAGAAUUAUGUUCUGGCAUUAGCUAAAGCAGUACUUGUCAAGACUUUAUUUAAUUCUAUUGGAAUGGAUAUCGAUAGUCUAUCACAGUCAAGAUUAAAUCUCAAUGAAUCACAGAUUGUAACAAUGACGAAUAGUCAUGCUGGGAAUGAUUGUGAAGAUGAUGAUGUUGGCGGUGAUAGUGUCUUCGGUGGCUCUCAGGAAGUCUCUUUUUCUACUCCAACGUAUCCACGUCAAUCUACUCUAUCAGAUAAUGGUGUAUCAUCAACUAAAAGAGCACACUAUUCUGAAGAUAUACAGUCAGCACAGAUAGAAAUAAUAAAUCUUACGCCUGAAACAUCUAUACGUCAAUCCAGAGAAGAAAAUAUCCCCUUGGAAAGUAGUCAACCAGUUGAUUCCCAAGAAGGUGAUGUAGAAAAUUGUGAUGAAAUUGACAAUAUGGAGGAUCAGAUAUAUUUCAGCAAUAUACAUUUAGAAUCAACGGAAGUGAAUUUUUCUAUGGAUGAUUUACGUAAUCGAUGGAGUGAACUGCUACAGGCAUUGUCAUCUACUCAUGGAAUCGAUCAAUCAUCCAGGGAUAAUGUUGUCGGUUAUGUUGAUGAGCAGAAUAAUAAUAAUAAUACCAAUAAUGACUACUGUGAUGAAGGGAAUUUUUCAUUUGGACAAUUUCGGGCUACAGAAGAUAAAGAAGCAGAAAAUGAAUUGACAAUGUAUUUCAAAAAAGAAACAUUCAAUAGCCUACAAGUACUUGGACAAUUUAAUCUUGGCUUUAUUAUUGCACGUCAUCAUAACGAUUUAUUCAUUAUUGAUCAACAUGCCAGUGAUGAAAAAUAUCGAUUUGAACAGUUGGCUGAAAAUUAUCGAUUUAAAAGUCAACCUUUAGUUGUGCCACAGAAAUUACAUUUAACCAUUGCCAAUGAACAAAUAUUAAUCAGUAAUUUGGAUGUAUUCGCGAAAAACGGAUUUGCAUUUCGUAUUAACUAUAAUGAACCCCUUGGUGAACAAGUGUUUCUUGUCGCCGCACCAAUGUUAGAGAAUAAACUAUUCAGUUACAGAGAUAUUGAAGAAAUGCUGUUCGUUUUAUCAGAAACGUGUACUAAAAAAUGUCGUCCAUCUCGUUUGAGAGAUAUACUCGCUUCAAAAUCAUGUCGUAGUGCUGUUAUGAUUGGGACUGCAUUAGAUCAUAAGAAAAUGAAACGAAUUUUAACAAAUAUGAGUACAAUGGAUCAUCCUUGGAAUUGUCCACAUGGGCGUCCAACUAUGCGGCAUCUUUUUCAUUUAGGCAUCUUAGAUAAAGAAUAACUGGUUAAGUCGUCUUAGAUUUCAGAUAUAUACCUGCACACACCCUCUUCCAAAUUCUUCUUAACAAAUUUACUUUUUUAUUAGAACUUUUAUUUCUUAGAGAGAAGAUUUUAAAAAAAUUGAUUUGUCCUUAUUUUUUUAUCGUUAUCCUCUUCGAAACUGUAAUUUGGAAAAAAUUUAAAUGUUUUUAGUUAUUAUAGAGGUAUAGAUAUCGAUCUUUUAUACUCUGAGGGUCAUUUGUAUUUACCCUCACACACUCCCACCACCUUCCAGAUUUUUCUAUGCAUUUGUAAACUAUUCGUCUAUUUUUAAUAAUAAAAAAAUUAUA